AUGUCGUCGACUUCGCACUCCGCGAUCUCCCAGACCGGGAACCUUGUGAACGUCAUACCGGUUGGCUUAAAGGAAGCUGCCAUCGAUUCACCGACUUUCCGCUCGACAACCGUACAUUUCUGUGACCAGAUCGAUUACGUUGAGAAAUGGCUGGACGGGUAUCUCAAAUCCACCACAAAAUUGACAUCGGAGCUUCCUGUACUUGAGGGAAUUACCAAUUCUUUCGUAUCCCAUGUUAACUCUCCAUUAAAUGUUUCGGAGGCCAUACUCGACCACGACUAUGCUCUACUGGCUGUGAAAAGAUACGGGGAAUCUCUUAAGGAUUUCUGGCAUGGAGUUGUUUCCACGUUGAAGAAAUGCGAUUCACUCGUUAGUGAACCAGUUAGGACCUUUAUUCAAGGAGACCUUCGUUCUUUCAAAGAAACUCGCCGUGUUCUUGACCAAACCCAGAAACAAUAUGAUCAUUUACAGGCUAGAUAUGCGGCCCAAACUAAGUCUAAGGAACCCUCCUCCUUGAGAGAAGAUGCUUUCCAGCUCCAUGAGGCUAGAAAAGCUUACCUAAAAGCAUCCAUGGACUUUUGUAUACAAUCGCCACAGUUGAAGGUUACGCUGGAAAAGCUACUUGUUCAAAUAUCAUUUGGUCAGUGGCGCGAGUUCAAAGUUGCUCGCGACAAUAGCUCUUUACUUUUUACCAAACACGGGAAAGAGAUGGACCGUAUAAAGGGCUGGACUCAUGAGAUGGAAAUUAGCGAGAAAUCUUCACGCCGUGAAAUCACAGCGGCAAGGAAGCAGAUAGAAGAUGCUGCUGAAUAUGCAGCGCGUCCAUCUCGAGAACUUGACGACUAUUCAAUAUCAACGGUUCCGUUCCUUGGGUCUCAAGGUGCUGCAUCACUGAGUAAAAUGGCAACAGAUCAUACAUUUUCACCAGAAAGGCAGGGUUGGCUGAGCUUGAGGAUUUUGACUGGGAAGCCUACCAGAAGUGUGUGGGUGCGUCGAUGGGCCUUUCUGAAAAAUGGCAUCUUUGGUUGUUUAGUUCAAGGCUCCCGGACAGGAGGAGUGGAGGAGAGUGAACGAAUCGGCGUCUUGCUAUGCAGCAUUCGGCCAGCAUUCCAAGAAGAGCGCCGGUUUUGCUUUGAAGUAAAAACAAAAAGCAACACUAUAAUGCUGCAAGCUGAGACACAAAGGGAGCUAACUGAAUGGAUUGGCUCAUUCGAAGCUGCAAAACGCAAGGCUCUCGAGAAUCCGAGCCAGGAAUUUCUACCGUCUUUGAAACAGCCCUCUCAAGACCCGGCAUUUGCUAUUUCCCAACCUCCAGCUCCUGAGUUCGCUGCAGAUGUUUCUGAGUCCUUAACUCCUAACGCUACCGAUGAGCAUGGGAGUACUGCACAUAUUGAUCGAGACAUUUUACCAGACCGCAUUAGUACUGAGGCCCCAGCCAGACGCACCUCUGCGGUUGACAAAGACGUGGAUGGUGGACGUGAUCAUACCCCCCGAAUCAUUCAAAAGUUUGAAAUGCACCGAAAAGCAACAUUUGCCCCUCAUGCUACGAGCAGCCAAUCUCCUCAGUCUGGCUCUGGAAUUGGAAGCCUUCUAUCCGCGAGUCAUAAUUUGCUUCCAGGCCACCAUGCUGAGCAGGAAACUAAAACUAAGCCCAUGAUAAGCCCGCUGCCACCCACACUUCGUGACCCCCCUUCUUCUACGCUCGCGCCGCCGACACUAGUUAGCCCGCCUACACCAACAAAUACGAGCAGAGCCGCAGUUUCCGUCAGUGUUGAAAGAGGUAUUGGCGUUGGCCUUGCUGACAGUGCUGGGACUGUACCUAGCGGCAUGAUGGCUAAUCUAUGGGGUACCUCGAAUUGGGCAUUAAUAAAUAAGUUAGAGCGUGACGUGCUACAGAAAGCCGAUGGGUUAGGGGGUGGAAAGACUUAUGAUGGCGCCGCCGAUGACCCUAUAAGCCCCACCACUUCAUCACUCAAUCGCCACAGACAAACCCUCAGCCUUGGAGACAGCAACAGCUUCCAAGACAAGCCUAAGCCCACGCGGCAUGAGUAUCCCAACUAUUACCCAUCUCUUUUGAAACCUCAGGAUGCCCAGUUCCGUCUACUGUUUCCAGAAGCCCCUAGAGAUGAGCAACUUGUACUAGUAUAUCGAGCGACGUUUAGCCCAAAUGACCAGCAUGACUUUCCGGGACGGGUAUACACUACUACAAAAAGGCUUUAUUUUUACAGUAAUUACUUUGGACUGGUUCUAACAUCAUCAGCAAGCCUUGGUAGUAUAUCGGAAGUUACUGCUGCUUCUGGCCGAGAUUGUGAUUUCUUAUACCUGCAUCUAAUCCCCCCGAAGGGGAGCGAUAUCCCUGGACGUUUAACGAUCAAAACGUUCCUUGAGCCUCUAAAAUUACUUCAACGCAGACUGAACUAUCUUGUUGACAAUGCGACUUCAGAAGAUCCCGCUAGCUUAGAGGCUGUUUUUAAAUCGCUUAUAAAAAUGGAGCAAGAAGGCCCAAAGCGGAAUCCAAGUGUCGACAGCUGGGAUGAUGUGAGCACAUCUACGGAGGCCAUGAGCGGCUCAAGCACCAAGAAAGUAGAAAGACACCUGAAACCUAGUAUUUAUGUUGACAAGGCUCUUGAUUUGGACCACAACGAGGCUAAGCAUCAUGGUGAGGUGCCGAGAUUCAGGCUGCCUGCUCAACCAGUUGAGUACAUCCCACAGGGCCAGCUUUAUGCCGUGGCAGAGAAGUAUUUUGAUGUUAGCCCCAAAGCAUUGUUUCAUGUUCUGUUUGGUGAUCGGAGUCCUGUUUGGCAGUUUCUUCAGCUUCAGCGGACAGCGCAAAAUAUUGAACAAGGGGUUUGGUCGAACGCUGAUAGUGCACAUAUGAGACGCCACUUCGAGUACCAGAUAGAAGUCACCGACUUUUUUGGCCGCCGUCAUUUUAAGCAUGUAUCUGACUAUCAAAUUGUGGAUGUUCUUAAUGACCACCUUUGUUAUGUUGUCACAGAUAAACGAUCACCUUGGCAUCUUCCAUUCAAACAGCAAUUUCAACUAGUCAGCAAGGUUGUAAUUACACAUGUUACAAAAUCGAAAUGCAAACUUGCUGUUUUCACAAGAGUGGAUUGGCUCUUUAAACCACCUCUUAUCAAAGAUGUCAUCCAGCGAGAGGCGAUGAAGGAUCUCGAGCAAGAUGCCCUUGACCUGCUCGACUUGGCCACUGAUCAAGUAAGGAAACUGGGCCAUCAUCAUACAACCAAAAGGGCUGUUUCUAUGUUUGGAGAUAUUGGGCAGGACUCCCAGGCAUUUAAACUUACCCCCGACUCUCUUGCGUUAGACCCAAGAUCACAAGUCCGACGAUCUCUGCGGCAAAACGGACUCAUGCCUCUGCUACUCGAAACAUCAGGCUCACUCUUCCAGAGUGCCGUUUCCUCCUUAAUGAUAUGGUUCUGGGCUCUGGUCCGCUGGAUAUGGAAAACAUCAAGCGCUCACCGGGUAAUCAUAUCGCUUCUUAUCUGCAGUGUACUCUUUAAUGGAUAUCACUCUUACCGUGACACUCUCGAUUGGUGGCAUGAACGAAAUGCUGGGAAUUUCAUGGCUCGCCUAGGCGUUCGUCCCAAUACUGCUCUCGUAAAGACGGUAUAUAUCAAGGAUAUCGACGAAGCUAUCAUCACCAACGGAAACUUUACUGAUUCUAGUUCUUGUUUUUCGGUAUUCCAGGAAAAUGUUAUGUGUACAACAAACGAGAGUAGCCUCGCUCUUGCUAGCACACCCGGGGGAUCUAAGAAGCCUAAUAAAGCAGCAUACCGCCUGCAACGCACAAGGGAGAGACUUGGAUCGUACCGCCACGAUCUCCUUGUGGCUCUAAGGGUAGUAAAUAGCAUUGAAAAAGAAGUUGUUCGCGCAGAAUGGGAGCGAUGGGUCCGACAAGAAACGAAACGAUGCCAAAUGGUCGACCACGUACUUCGUGGACGGCGAUUUGAGAAUGAGAGCAUUGAAGAAAUGCGGCAAAACCUUUCAGAGAGCGAGGAUGUUGAAAAUUGGUAUAAAGAUUACUGUUUUAGUUGUGAGCAACAACGCAAGGUAAUAGCGGGCAUUUAA